AUGAAGGAGGAAUUGCUGGUACAAUGGCUGCAGUUGUACACCAAUACAGACACCAGAGGAGAACGUACAAUCCAGGGCAAUAUGCUGAAAGCCCCAACCUGCUCCAAUGAUGAGCUUCAUGCACGAUACAGAUUUGGGCAAGAGGAUAUUGCUCUCAUCUGCAAUAUUCUUCGUCCUCACCUUGAACGUGCCACUCUGAGGAGCCAUGCCUUGACUGUGGAGGAGCAGGUACUGAUGGCACUGCGUUAUUAUGCAUGUGGUUCCUUCUUUGAGGUGAUUGGGGAUGGACUGGUGGUGACAAAAGCAACAGUGGGCCAUGUGGUGCAUUCGGUGUCAUCUACCCUUACCGGUCUUCUGGGUCAAUAUGUGAAAUGGCCUGAAAAUGAAGAGGAGAUAGCAAGAACCAAGAGGAUGUUUUUCUCACUGGGGGGGAUGCCAAACACUAUUGGUGUGAUUGACUGCACCCAUGUGCAUUUUCAGGCACCACAUAUCAGGGAAUGGGAGUAUGUGAACAGGAAGGGCCGGCACAGCAUUAACGUCCAGCUUGUGGGGAAUGCUGACCUCGUUAUCACAAACUGUGUUAUGAGAUGGCCUGGGUCUGUACAUGAUGCCCGUAUUUUGAGGGAGAGCCACCUCUACCAGAAGCUCCAGCAGACUGCCCCAGAUGGCAUCCUCCUGGGUGACAGCGGUUACCCCCUUCUACCGUGGCUGAUGACCCCUUUUGCUACCAUCACCAAUGACUCCCAGCAGAGGUACAACAACGUCCAUGCCACAACAAGAGGGACAAUCGAGCGCCUGAACAAAGUGAUAAAACGCAGAUUUGCCUGCCUGAACUAUCUCCGUGUGGAGCCACAGAAAGCCUGUCACAUCAUCUGUGCCUGCAUUGUGCUACACAACCUAGCACAAACAAGGAGAGUACCACUACAAGAACCUCUCAUCGAUGGACCUCCUCCCUGCGCAGAAGUCCUUGACCUGCCACCACCACCACUGUAG